UGCACUUGCACAUUAGAAGCCUGUGACACAUUAGCACAAGCAUUUUAAUAGUUUUUUUUAUAUAAAUAACUUGUCCACCAAUACAAGCUGUGGGAAGGCCGCUAGGUCCUGCUCUCCCACGCGCGCGCUGGAAUGUUGAGAUGACUCGCGCCAAAACGGACUGGCAUCGAAGCAGCAGCACGAGGUUGUAGAGAUGAGCGACGACGAGCAAAGCAAGCAGCCGUUUUUAGACGGCGCCUCACCAAUGUCCUUGGUUUUGGGGGGCAAAAAACAGCCUCGAAUGCCGAAAUGCUCCCGCUGCAGGAACCACGGCUUCGUCUCGCCUCUGAAGGGCCACAAGCGCUUCUGUAACUGGCGGGAUUGUCAGUGCCAGAAGUGCAAACUGAUAGCGGAGCGCCAGCGCGUCAUGGCGGCUCAGGUGGCCCUCAGGCGUCAGCAGGCUCAGGAGGAGGAGAUGGGCAUCUGCACUCCAGUCAACCUGUCAGAUCCGGACAUUGUGGUGAAAAAUGAGCCUGGAAGUGAUUAUGGCUUUGCAAUGGGAACGAGAUCACCUUCAUCCACCAGCAAUGGAUCUGCUUCUUCUCCCGCUGCUUCUGGGAGUCGCUCUUCAUUGUCGCAGAGCCCCACUGCAGCCAGCAGGGGACACUCUGAGGGCUCUGCUGACAUGGUGGUGGAUGCCUCCUACUACAACUUUUAUCAGCCUACCCGAUACCCAGCGUACUACAGCAAUCUCUACAAUUAUCAACAGUACCAGAUGCCCAGUGGAGAUAGCCGCCUGUCCAGCCACAACAUGUCCCAGCAAUACCGUAUGCACUCCUACUAUUCUGCAGCUUCCUAUCUUAGUCAGGGCCUGGGCACUGCUACCUGCAUGCCACCCAUUUUCACCAUGGAGGACAAUAACAUCUGCCCUGAGGCCAAAACUGCAGCUUUCUCUGCUGAUGGCGUUCCUGACACCAGCUUGGCCUGCAUACCCAUCAUCAGCCCUAUGGUGAGUGCUGAGAACAAGGCAGAAUGUGAGCCCAACUCUGACUCUGGAGCAUUUACUGUGGACUCCAUCAUAGAGGGAGCUGCCAAGUAAAAGUCUCAGAGAAUAUACCAGCUGCACUUGACUUAUCUCAUGGCACUAGGGUAUUAAGGCCAUGUUUUUUUCCCUCACAAGAUCAGCAUUAUAUGCUAAAUAAGUUGUGACCAACAAGUUUAGAUUUUCAUUAUAAUUUGUUUCAGUUCGAUUUUGCCCAAUAGCUGCAGUUUUUAAUGACUGAAUUUUGUGAAGUUUGUUGAAAUAUUUUAAAAUUUGGUUUUAGGGCAAAUUACUUAAUACUUUAUAUUUCUUCAUAAUCAUUUAGAUGCCUUCUGCUUUUUUGAAAUCACAAGACAGUUAAAGAGUUUUAGUAAACAGAAGACCUUUUAAAUGUGUGUCUGAUCACCCCCUAGAAAAAGUUCCUUCAAUGUUUGCAUGUGAAUGCAAUCUGCGGCACAUGUCAGCUUUAUAACUGUUAUUAUUGCUUUAAUAAAUACAAAUGUUUCCACCACAUUUUUUUUACCAUUAAUGUAAAGCAAAUGAGUUUCUCCCAAUGCUAUGAUAUUCAGUCUCAGAUCAUUUUUAGCACCUUUCAUCCAGACAACAGGGGAUGCAGUUAUGGGUUAGUAUGCAGGAAGGAAUACUAAUGAAUUAUGCUUCAAUCUCACUACAAACAGUGCGUUGUUUAUUUAUGGCCACCAGCAAAAGGGCAUCAUUUAAAUUUGGAUGAUUUGCAUCACUAUCUACCUCCUUGAAUUGUGAGAGGUGCUUUAACACACUUUAGUUUAUAAGCUAUAUAUGAGUGCUUCUGCCCUUUCUUUGCACACCCCAGAGUUGUACUGUUUGCCCUUGAAAAUAUCCCUGAAUAAUGUGUGAUAACUUGCCUUAAUUAAGGAAUAUACUCUACACAGCCUCAGAUCAAGGCAGUAAUUUUUAUACAUUUUGACAUAAUAAUAAUAAUAAUAAUAAUAAUAAUAAUAAUAAUAAUAAGUACACAUAUCUGUUGCAAAUAGAUCUCUGCCAUUAACUUAGACACAGUUUAAAGAAAAUAUAUAUUAUCCAGCAAAAUAUUUUGUACUAUAUAAUUUUUAUACUCCAGAAAAUGAAAUAUCUUCCAGUUAAAUAAGGCAAGUUGAAUUACACAUGCAAGUCAUUAUUUGUAUAUUUUCUUACUAAUAAAGCAAGAAGACUGAAUCACUCAUUUAUUAUGAAGAGUGGAGGUGUUACCAUUUUAGACAAUAUGUUCAUGUUAAGAUUUACUUCCUUAAUUAUUGCAACAUUGAGUUGUGAGCUGUACCACAAACUGGUUCUAUUUCUUUAGUCUCUGCACUGUGUUACUGUGACUGACUGUUAUGGAGAUUAAUUUCAAAUGCCAUGUUACAAAAGCGGCAGUUAUUGUUAUGUCUUAAUAAAACAGCAAGAAAGCUCA